AUGGCUAGCCCAUUUGUUCCCUCUGCUGGCCGCGGCCACAGGGGAGGCGCGCCAGGCGUGCAAAGCUCGGGACGGGGAAGAGGCGCGAGUACAGGCAACUCGACAUAUGUGGCGAGGGGAUCAGGUGCGCCUCGUGCAGGGAGAGCUCGAGGACGUGGACGAGGAUCGGCGACGUGGACGGCUCGUGGUCGUGGUCGCGGCGCAGGCGCUGCAAACUACCCCACGAAUGGUACACACCAACCCACAGAAGCUUCCGGGCCUGCUGUUGUGAACUCACCCUUUGCGCAACUCAACCAACAAAAAUCUGCUCCUUCCCCGUUCGGUGCUCAACCUGCUCAAGCGUCUCCCUUUUCCAGAGUUCAAAACGGUCUUUCCUCCUCCAACGUUGCCAAAAACCCAUUCGCUCAGCCUACAGCCAAUAUGAAUCAGCAGCCUCCGGCUAAGAUCAUUGGCGGCGGCUCACAUGCCGUGGCGUCUAUGGAUAAUGCGUCUAUGAUGGGCAGUUAUCAAGAACGCUUUGAUAGGCUCAAAAUCGAUCAAGUGAAACAGCGCGAAAGAGCAAUCAAGGACGGGCAAAUGGCUGACCCAAACCAGCCGACCUCAUUGAACCAGGCAAUCACACCUGUCGGUACCUGUACCAGCAUGUGUCCUGAGUUCGAGAGGGUGGAGCGUAUUGUGCAAAAGGCAGUUGACAAAUGUGAAAAGCAUCUGGACCCGUCAACAAACCAGCUUCAGAUCAUGGAAACUAAGAUGGUCAAACGCUUCCGGCGUGCAGCGGCUGGAAAUGACGAGCAAUUGCCCUCGGAUAUCCGAACCCCAAAGACACUCUUGCAGACCAUGAACUAUCUCAUCCGUCAUGUUAUCAAUGGUGGUGAACCAUUGGCCGCUGUGCACAUGUUCGUCUGGAACCGAACACGCUCAAUUCGAAAUGAUUUCUCGGUGCAGCAACUUACGCACGAAGAAGAUGUGAAGACUGCGGUGACCUGCCUAGAAAGAAUUGCGCGAUUCCACAUAGUGUCUCUGCAUCUUCUUUCUAGCCCGACGAACACGGAAUCAUUCGACCGUCAUCAAGAGCGUGAACAGCUUAAUAACACCAUGCUUUCUCUCAUGUACUACUAUGACGACAAUCGUGAUCGCAUUCACUUCCCCAACGAGGACGAAUUCCGCGCCUAUCACAUCUUGUUCUCGAUUCACGACCAGCGGCCUGAUCUGGAGGCCCGUGUUUCGAAAUGGCCAACUUCUCUGCUCACUUCACCUCGAGUGCGGGUAGCUUUGGAACUGUUUGCUGCUGCUUGUAACACAUGGGAGCCUCAGGGUGCCUUAGAUGCCCGCCGACCGAAUGCCAUUGCCCAGGGAUUCUAUGCCCGCUUCUUCAACAUCAUCAAUUCCCCAAGCGUCUCUUAUCUGAUGGCCUGUGUGGCCGAGGUUUAUUUCAAUCACAUCCGCCAGACAGCAAUUCGUGCCAUCUGGAAAGCCUAUUGCCGGACUCCGCUGUCCCAGCAAUCCAAGAACGACCAUUGGACUGUGGAGGAACUGACCAAAGUGUUGCACAUGGACAAUGACGAACAGACAAUUGAAUACUGCAAUGCACAAAGCUUGCAAUUUACAAAGAACGCGAGUGGUGUGCUUUAUCUCAAUUGGGGGGACCGACCAGUCGAUUCCAUCGACUUUGCACCUUCAUCUGAGCACGCUUUCUCGGACACUUACGUGGAGUCGAAGCGUGCAGGACGAAGUCUUGUUGCUAUCAUUCUUGGCAUGAACAUCAGAGAAGCCGCAAGAAUGGGCAUGAUUGACCGCACCCAAUUACCUCAGAAAAGGGAGCAAACUGAUGCAGCAGAUGGGGACCUCUUUGUGAGUGAUGCUGACAAUGGGACACCCGCCCCUGUGGUUGAAACAAAGAACAUCUUUCCCCCGGACACGUCUGCUUCUGAAUUUCGAAACGCCUUUGAGUCUCAGAAGUCUUUCCAACCUACUCCUGCAGUUUCGCCCUCUUUGACCACACCGAACUUCCCAUCUCCCGCCCUGCAGCCGUCAAACCCAUUCGCGGCGUUGCAAUCAUCGAAAAUAUCUCCGUUGGCUUCCCCCCAAAACCCUCCCUCCACAUUCCCUCCCUCCACGAAUCCAUUUGCAGCUUCGGUUACCUCGAGCUCUGUCGCACCCGUCGCGCCGUCUCCUUUUGCCCCUGCAGCAAAUCCAUUCAUGUUCCCAAAAGGAACCGAGUCAGGCAAUAAGGCGGAGGCUCCCGCAGCAACCGCCAAUGUGAUACCCUCGCCCUUCCAGACAAGCUUCCCUCCCUCCAAGUCUGACACUGAAACUCCCAAACCGCCGUUCUCUUUUACCAGUCCUCCCGGCCCGUCGCCAUCCGAAUUCGCCUCCGCUAGUUCAACCCUAUUCCCAAAGCCAGCUGCCACAGGUCUCCAGACACAGACGCCUGCAGCAAGUCCACCUGCGCUUUCAAAGCCCAGUGUUUUUCCUUCUGUGCCAUCAACUUCGGACCAACCUACCUCUAUCCUAGCUUCUGGCUCGACUUCAUCCACCGCACCUUCUCCAUUCUCGUUCUCCAAACCAACAGAGAUAGCUCAGAAGGCGGAGACUUUGCCAGGAACUACCCCUGCGGCGUCUACACUAUUCAAGCCCAUCACUUCUCCCGUGGCAUCGACUGCGAACAAACCUGCCUUUGUGUUCGCUCCCGGCUCGAGCCCUUUCCCCGCAUCAUCUUCGUUCUCUUUCUCCAAGCCAGCAGAGACCAUCCAGAAGACGGAAACUACAACAACCACCCCUGAGACGUCCACGCUAUUUAAACCAAGCACUUUAUCGUCUGUGACAUCGACAUCCGACAAAGAGGCUUCGGUAUUCGCUCCUGCUCCGUCUUCAUUCUCAUUUUCGAAGCCAGUCGAUUCGAAGACGGAGACGCCACAGCCAGCUCCUGCGCCAUCUGCACUAACGAAUCCAUUUGCCUUCCCAAGCGGUCCGCUAUCUUCAUCAAGCUCGGCUCUCGGUCUCAAUACCGCAACUGCUGCCUCGUCUCCCUUCACGGGGUUCAAAGCACCAGAGACAAUUGUGAAAGCCAAGGAGCCUGCAGUUGUGUCGGCGCCGGAGCAGACACCCUCGUUCUUCCAAACGAAGAAUGCGGAUGUAAUUCCAAGCUCUAAAUUUGCAAGCCCCGAGGUAGUGAAGCCAAGCCAGAAAGCUGAUAUCCCGGCGAGCGCUCCUUCCCCGCUCGAGAAACCAUCAUCGAUCAUAUCUGCACCUUUAAGCAGUCUCGCUCCAACUAAGCCGAGUGAAACACCGACCUUCAGUGUCUCCGCGCCAACAACGGCGCAGCUUCCCUCUACAAAGUCCGCUCCACUCCCCGUCAGUGGCCCCGCUUCUGUUUCGCGGGCUUCAUUCGCUGCCGCCUCACCUCCCCGUACUUUAUUCGAAGCACUGAAACGCCCUAAAAUAUUUGAUACCACGUCAGAUACGUACUCCCAUGAAUUGACUGCAUCUCAGCCUCCAAAGGCUUUGUUCCCAACCACAGAUUCUCCAGUCGAACCAGGGCACACAUGGCCGAAGAAACGUCACCAUGAGGUUACAGAUGAAGACACAACCCAUCAGCAAAAGAGGCGCUCUUCACUGAAAGGGAGCUCUUCAUUCACAUCGUCGGAUGGAUCUUUCAAACGCUCCGUGCGCUUUGAAGACAACCAUGAGGCGAUACAGUCUUUGCCAAAUGACUCUCAAGUUCAGAAAAAGAAGCGAGACCUGGAGGAACUGGCUGAACCGCAGUCGGGUGAACAGGGCCCAAGUGCUAAGCUAUCUAAGAUUCCCACAGCUGACGAACACGUUCCUUUCAAUUUCUCCGUCUACAAAGCAGAAAAUCGUCCCAUGCCGAAGCUUCCAAUUUUGGAAAAACUCGAGGAGAAGCUUGCACGCGCCAAGGCCCUGUGUGAACCAAAGCCUUUGACCCCAGAACAACUUCAGUACAUCGAAGAGGCUCGACUGAAACGCUCCCGCCAAGUUGACGAAGACGAGAUCGCGCUUUCCCGAGCACGUAUCCUAGCCGAAAAGUUACGGACCGGUCCUGGAAUUUUUGAUGGUUGGACUGGCCCAAUCAGACAGCCAUGGCAUGAUCCUAACUGGAACCCCGCUGCCCGCAUCCUAGAAAAGUAUCACGCCCGAAAUAUCCCCCCACCCGCUCGUUAUCCAGUACCCCCUCGUCUGACACUUAAUCGCACUGCCAGAGGAUACGAAGUCGCUUACGCCCCUGAUACCCCGGACCGGCCCAUGUCCCGCACCGAACAGCGGAUCCGACGGACUGGUGCUCGUGGUCUUGCACAUGUGCCGCUAAACUUUGAACGCUACAAGCGCGAGAGAAAGGAGAGGGCUAAGGAGAGGACUCAGGCUGAGAGCGAAAACAAGGAAAACAAGGAAAACGGAGAUGCAGGCAAAAAUCCCGAAGAAGAACGCAACGGAUUUACCCGAAGUGUUUAA